AAACAGCUCUUAGCGCCCCGCGAGCGCGUCGCACACAACAUGCGCACUCGACACGCACGCACACGCACACAACACGCGCGCUCGCAACGCAAAGCGAUAGAGCGCUACCACUGCGGACUAACGCAGCUCGCAGCGGCACUCAAGCGAGCAGAAGGACUUGCUCCGACCCCGGGUCACAAGGACCUCGCUCCCGCCACAAGCACACAACGCACGCGCACGUAUACGCACACAUACGACUAUUAUGGAAUAAGAAGAUAGGCACGCGAACCUGGCCACGCGGACGCCUGGGCGCAAACUAGGAUAAAAUGUCCCGAGCGAUGUUCGCGCUCGUGGACGCAGCGGCUCGCGUUGUCGUGCAGUAUCAUUCACAUGGAUGAACAGCAUGCAUUAAACGAAUGCCUGAGAAAGUGAUCAGGCGCGCGGCGCAAUGACAGAUACACAAUGGAGGGCGAAACGUUGGGCCGCACCUGCAAGAGGCGGCAUGCGUGGAUUGUGUCCCUUUAAGACUCUCCACAACAUAUCACAUCGCUUCUGGAGCGGAUGAAAGCCCGGUGCGGACGCAAGCCCGGUAACGUCGAACUUGCCUCGCUGCUUUGAUGCACUUCAAGCAAGGCUACGUACUCUGUACAUCCUGUUGUCUAGCAUGUUGAACGAGCGUCGUUAAAGCUAACGGCAACGGAAUGCUGCGAGUUCGCGCGGAAGCGUACGUUGACACAGCGGGAGCCGCGCAGAAACGAAGUGAGCGCUCAGAUGAAACCUUGGAGCAGCGUACGGAGCGCCAGAAGAAGGAUGCGGACCGGAAACGGCUGAAGCGCGCGGCGAUGACCGUGGAGGACAAGGCCGCUGCGAACGAAAAGCAUGCGAAGCGGCAAAAACAGUACCGCAAGGAGGGGUAUCGGGGUCCAGCAGUGACCGGAGAGACAGUUCAGUUGACUUCUGCAUGGACCGAGGGCGCCUCAAACUUCAACGCUCAACUGUUGACGCUGGAGGCUGUGAAAGGGGCGCCACCAUGGGUGCCUGUCUGUGAGAAGCCGGACUGCAGGAGAACGACUGGGUUCGUCAAGGCAUCAGUCAAGGUGUGCACAGGUGGUAAAGCAAUGGCCGCAGGGCCCAUUGCCGCAGCAACGACGGCCUUGAGCGUGGUGGCCGUGGCCAGCAACGCCGCGGUGACUGCGGGCUCGAGCGCGCCCGCCGCGGCCACUGCCUCCGGCACCAGCCCUGGCUCGCACGUUGUGGCCACGCCCAGCAACGCCGCGGUGACUGCGGGCUCGAGCGCGCCCGCCGCGGCCACUGCCUCCGGCACCAGCCCUGGCGCGCACGUUGUGGCCGCGCCCAGCAACGCCGCGGUGACUGCGGGCUUGAGCGCGCCCGCCGCGGCCACUGCCUCCGGCACCAGCCCUGGCUCGCACGUUGUGGCCGCGCCCAGCAACGCCGCGGUGACUGCGGGCUUGAGCGCGCCCGCCGCGGCCACGGCGUCCGGCACCAGCCCUGGCUCGCACGUUGUGGCCACGCCCAGCAACGCCGCGGUGUCUGCAGGCUUGAGCGCGCCCGCCGCGGCCACGGCCUCCGGCACCAGCCCUGGCUCGCACGUUGUGGCCGCGCCCAGCAACGCCGCGGUGACUGCGGGCUUGAGCGCGCCCGCCGCGGCCACGGCCUCCGGCACCAGCCCUGGCUCGCACGUUGUGGCCGCGCCCAGCAACGCCGCGGUGACUGCGGGCUUGAGCGCGCCCGCCGCGGCCACGGCCUCCGGCACCAGCCCUGGCUCGCACGUUGUGGCCGCGCCCAGCAACGCCGCGGUGACUGCGGGCUUGAGCGCGCCCGCCGCGGCCACUGCCCCCGGCACCAGCCCUGGCUCGCACGUUGUGGCCGCGCCCAGCAACGCCGCGGUGACUGCGGGCUUGAGCGCGCCCGCCGCGGCCACUGCCUCCGGCACCAGCCCUGGCUCGCACGUUGUGGCCGCGCCCAGCAACGCCGCGGUGUCUGCAGGCUUGAGCGCGCCCGCCGCGGCCACGGCCUCCGGCACCAGCCCUGGCUCGCACGUUGUGGCCGCGCCCAGCAACGCCGCGGUGACUGCGGGCUUGAGCGCGCCCGCCGCGGCCACGGCCUCCGGCACCAGCCCUGGCUCGCACUUUGUGGCCGCGCCCAGCAACGCCGCGGUGACUGCAGGCUUGAGCGCGCCCGCCGCGGCCACGGCCUCCGGCACCAGCCCUGGCUCGCACGUUGUGGCCGCGCCCAGCAACGCCGCGGUGACUGCGGGCUUGAGCGCGCCCGCCGCGGCCACUGCCUCCGGCACCAGCCCUGGCUCGCACGUUGUGGCCGCGCCCAGCAACGCCGCGGUGACUGCGGGCUUGAGCGCGCCCGCCGCGGCCACGGCCUCCGGCACCAGCCCUGGCUCGCACGUUGUGGCCGCGCCCAGCAACGCCGCGGUGACUGCAGGCUUGAGCGCGCCCGCCGCGGCCACGGCCUCCGGCACCAGCCCUGGCUCGCACGUUGUGGCCGCGCCCAGCAACGCCGCGGUGACUGCGGGCUUGAGCGCGCCCGCCGCGGCCACUGCCUCCGGCACCAGCCCUGGCUCGCACGUUGUGGCCGCGCCCAGCAACGCCGCGGUGUCUGCGGGCUUGAGCGCGCCCGCCGCGGCCACGGCCUCCGGCACCAGCCCUGGCUCGCACGUUGUGGCCGCGCCCAGCAACGCCGCGGUGACUGCGGGCUUGAGCGCGCCCGCCGCGGCCACUGCCUCCGGCACCAGCCCUGGCUCGCACGUUGUGGCCGCGCCCAGCAACGCCGCGGUGUCUGCAGGCUUGAGCGCGCCCGCCGCGGCCACGGCCUCCGGCACCAGCCCUGGCUCGCACGUUGUGGCCGCGCCCAGCAACGCCGCGGUGACUGCGGGCUCGAGCGCGCCCGCCGCGGCCACGGCCUCCGGCACCAGCCCUGGCUCGCACGUUGUGGCCGCGCCCAGCAACGCCGCGGUGACUGCGGGCUCAAGCGCGCCCGCCGCGGCCACGGCCUCCGGCACCAGCCCUGGCUCGCACGUUGUGGCCGCGCCCAGCAACGCCGCGGUGUCUGCGGGCUUGAGCGCGCCCGCCGCGGCCACGGCCUCCGGCACCAGCCCUGGCUCGCACGUUGUGGCCACGCCCAGCAACGCCGCGGUGUCUGCAGGCUUGAGCGCGCCCGCCGCGGCCACUGCCUCCGGCACCAGCCCUGGCUCGCACGUUGUGGCCGCGCCCAGCAACGCCGCGGUGACUGCGGGCUUGAGCGCGCCCGCCGCGGCCACUGCCUCCGGCACCAGCCCUGGCUCACACGUUGUGGCCGCGCCCAGCAACGCCGCGGUGUCUGCGGGCUUGAGCGCGCCCGCCGCGGCCACGGCCUCCGGCACCAGUCCUGGCUCGCACGGUGAUGCACACCGACAACACGAUGCGCAACGGAAACGGGAGGCGCGCUCCAAAGAGUCUGACGCGCAGCGUGCUGAACGGCAGAAGAAGGACUCAGACCGCAAACGUCACAAACGUGCAGUUCUUGCAAAGAAGAAGGCCAAGAAGUUAGCUAGGUAUCAGUUAUGAUGUCAUGUGUGUGCCAGUUGGUCAGUGCAGUGUCAAAAUGGUUCGGGGCCCUCAGCGAAACACCGUGCGGCCGUCAUGCUUGAGCAGGGUUGCAUUGUACGUUGUACAGUGCGUAAUGAUACGCACUAUGUAUUAAUGUGGCGAUAGUACGCGGGGAGCGGGCCUGGAGGGCAGGCAGGGGAUGAUGGGUGCCGCAUCAUGCCUCAGCACACCAUUUCCUGGUCGUAUCGCAUCAGUUGAAUUCUUAUAAGCCACGCAUGAGUGGUAUUUGAGCGGUGCUUGCGAAACUGGGGAGAAAUUUCGUGACAACCUGAGUGCGCAUCCCAGCCAAAUGAAACAUCCCACUGCACUAUGGUGACGCACUAUCCGUUCCGCGCAGUUGCUCGUCCUUAGUGCCCCACGUGGCGCGCAUGCCGGGGUGCCUGGCGCUGCCGGGGUGGCGGGGUGGCGGGUGGUGCCCACGGUUAAGUCGCUGGGCGUGUCUUUUGGUGACUGGUAUGCAACCCCCCCUAGCUUGGGCUGGUAUUCACAACCCCCCCCCCCCCCUGCCCGUUGCGUUUGAGGGCGUGCUGGGGGUCUUGGGCAAGCUGGUGCGAAUGCCGGUCUCUAUGUUCUCUAUGUUCUCAUGCGGUCGCGGCGUCGGCGUACGCCCUGGGCAAGGUGCUCUAUCCUUUAGAGUUUGUGGGACUGCCCGGCAACAAGCACAUGCUUCGGGCGUUGUGCUUGGGCCUGUUGCCGCUGGUGCAGCACGUGACGGCGCGGCAGGCUGGCCUUGCAGUGCGGUGUGUGCUGGGGGCUCGUGGGCUGCUGACAGGGUUCGUAUCUUAAUGAUAUUGAGCAAAAAACCGCCAGUUUGGCCGUUUCCUGAGCAUUCGGGUUGCCCCCUAAAGCUCCGCUUUUAGCAAAAGUAGGCCCCCACGGGACCCCCUAAAGCCCCAGCUUGCGGCUUGUUUGGGUAUGAGAACGGUGCCUGGAACGCUGGGAGCCAGGUUUGCGCAUGAAUAUGGCAUCCUGCAGCUAAGGACGUGCUGUUUGCGCGCGGGGACGUCGUUUCUACCCGGGUUGAAGGGGUUUUGUUGGGGCCAUGGAGUCUGCCCCCUGAUCAAA